ACGAGUGAGGAUGUGUUUGUGAAUUUUGUGUCGUAUUUUUAAUUAUUUUCCAGUGUUUUGUUGCAAAAACUCUGUAACAUUAUAUCGAGUGUAUCUUUACCCGGCUUUUACACGUACAAAGUUCGUCAUCGCGCAAGACAUAGUAUCAGUUUGCAAAGGAAAUGAGUCAUUAAUUAAACAGACAUAUUUUGUGUUAACUUUCAAGGCUGUUGGCAAUAAAAGAAGACGUACUGGACUGGAGGUGUAUAAUGGUGAUUACUUGACAUAAUGGUCGAGGAUAAUGAGCGUGAUUACGGGAGGACGGCCAGCAAGAAUACACUCCUGAAGAUAGUGAUUCUUGGAGAUGGUGGUGUUGGAAAGUCUUGCCUGAUGAGCAGGUUCAUUUCCAACCACUUUGACGACCACAGCUUCCACACAAUCGGGGUGGAGUUCAUGAACAAGACAAUAGAAGUUAAUGGAAAGCAGUAUACAUUGCAGGUAUGGGACACAGCAGGCCAGGAACGGUUCAAGUCUCUCCGGACUCCAUUCUACAGAGGCUCAGACGUCUGCAUCUUGGCAUAUGCCAUCGAUGACCGAAGCUCCUUCAACAACAUCAAGAUGUGGAUGAACGAAUUCCUGCAUUACGCUGGAGUUAAAAAUGGAAUUGAAAAGUUCCCUUUCAUGGUUGUUGGUAAUAAGUCGGACGUGUCGUCUAAAGACCGGGAAGUGAGCUACGAGCAGCUGAAGCACUUCUGCGAGGAAAACAAGAUCGCCACGUACAUCGAGACCUCCGCCAAGAACGACAAUAACGUCGUCGAGGCCUUCUCCAUGGCUGUUUUGAGAUGGGUAGAACUAGAGCAAAAAGCGGAGAAGGAGCUAGGAAUGCUGGAACACCCCGACAUAGUCAACUUGCAUGGCACCAGCUCGUCUAACUUCAGAUCCACCUGCUGUUCUCGGUUCAGCGAUGUAUGAGACAUGUAUGAAAUGUAUGACUAUUAUAUACUUUAAUUUAUUUUCUUUUGCUACUGUAGAUCAGUAUUCGGUGUUGUUGCGAUAGCGAUAGUUUCGCUCUCGGUUACUCCUAUUGAAACUAUCGCCUCUUGAUGAUAAUUAGAGAUAUGACGACGGUUUUGGCCGACUGGCCGAUUAUUCGGCCAAUGGUCCAGUAACUAAUUUGAAGGAAUUUACUGUUUCUGAAGUCGGUAUCGUACAUGAAACUAUGAAGAACAUAAUAUUCAUAAUAUCAGCUAUUUACUAUUACAUUGUUUUAGGUUUACGCGGUUAUUAUCAUAAUUAAAACACAUAAUAACGGGUUCUUACCGCGUUUAAAUCAGGUAUAUGAGACUCCCGAUAUUUCGACACUGUUUCAAGUGCCAUGAUCACGGGAUGAAGUCAUCAUAAACGCGGUAAGAACCCGAUAUUAUGUGUUUUAAUUAUUUACUAUUAGCACUAACAAAGUUGGUUAUUGGUUGAAUUCAUGAUAACACUGUUCGGAGAACCCGUGACUUACAUCGUUGUAUCACGAGAUCUAGUCGGUUUUGCCGACUAGUCAUUACUACGAUAUUGGCCGAGCAGUCGGCACAUCUCUAAUAUAGUCAUAAUUGAAAGAAUUUCUGAAAAAUGGCAAUACUUAUCGUUGAAUUUUACCGAUAGUGCAGCAGCACUGCUGAAUGGUUCAGCUGGUAUCCUAUUCUGCCAGGGUUUCCACCUAUUCAGUCAGGGGUCAUAUAAUUUAAAUCAAUUAGGAAAUAGAUCUUAUUAGUCACUCCAUAAACACUAUACUUUCAAGUAUUCAGCAAUAGUAAUCCACUUGUAGUCACAUUCUGUACAAAGUGGUCAUAAUAAUUUAUUCACGAAAAUUGUAAACUACAUAAGUAACUCAUGUACAAUAAUUGGCUACGAUACAACGAAUUACUGUCUUUAGUCUACGAUGAAACCAUUUGUAAAUAUAAAUAUUUUUGUAGAUGAAACAUUGACACACGAAAAUGUAGAUUUAGAAAGCACUAGUUUUCUACUGCUAAAAUAAAAGUAAACAAAAUAACUGUAACCUAGUUAAACGCAAUUAUAAUAUCACGCUGAAGACUGUAUAGAGUGAAAAAAUAAAAACAAACCAAGAUAUAAAAAGGAGGACCAGAGGGUCUACAAAAGCCACAUUGGAGCAAUUCACGUAAAAAACAAAAUCGUAAUUUGUAUUUUUUUUAUUAUUUUAAAUCAGACAACAUGGUCCAUACAAUAUAUUAACUUACGUAUAGUAAUUGUUAGCCUCCCCUCCCCCCACUCGAUAGUGGUAUAAAUAUUUGAUACUUUUAUGAUCGUGUCUGCGUAUUUUUUUUAGUUUUAAAAGACAUUUGGUUGUGAUUACGUGCGUUUGUCCUCGAUGUAAUGAAUCUCGUAACAUUCUGUAACUACCUUCAUAUUUUUAUUAUGAAUAUUUUUUUUUUUUUUUUUUGUUUAGGUUUUCCCCGAAGGGUAAGGCAAAGGGAACUAUGCCCAUACAGCCAUGUCUUACGUAUUUUUUUUCUUGAUGAAUGAUGAAAUGAUGAAAGGUGAUGAUGAUGAAACCUAAGCCCCCACCCUCGGAGUAGACUCCUACUCCGAACCCCAAACGAAUUAACUCGAAAGUCCGCAUAAACUUUCGAGUUAUGAAGCG